GUGAUAUCGAAAUCCAAAAAUCUCCCUCUUCCUUUCUCUAUUUCUUUCUUAAAUUCCAUCAUCUAGAAAUUUCAAAGCCUCAUAAUUUCAAUCUUUUAGAAGGGACUCCAUCGCGUAACAAUAAUUUCAACUCAAUGUUCCAACAAAACUUACAUGAUGAAGACGACGUCCAUGUUCAAGACCAUGUCUACAAUCAUGACCAGUACCAUCAUCAACAACCGAAUGUUGUGACGGAUGAAGAGAAGAGGUUAAGGAGAAUGGCGUCUAAUCGAGAAUCAGCAAGAAGAACGCGGAUGCGUGAGCGGAUGAUGAAAGAGGGGUUGCAAAUGCAAGUAAAACAACUCAUGGCGUACAAUCAAUUCUUGUAUAACAAAUAUAUUAGCUUGUUGGAGUACAAUCACCAGAUCUUGCAAGAGAAUUCACAGCUCAAAGAGACAGUUUCAUCCUUUCAUGAUCAAUAUACUAUAUCUUAUGGAAACCAUGAAGGUAUACUUGGAAACACCAAUGAUUUCGAUUUAAACCAACUAUCUUCGUAUCAACCAUCUUAACUGGUAAGUCGAAAAAUAUUAUUUUUAGUGGAAAAUGGUUCUAAUGUAAUUAGCUUCUUUUAUUAUUUAUCUCUCUACUGGAUUCUAUCUAUAUAGAAUAAUAAUUGUCAAUAC